AUGUCUUCCGCGGAGAAAGGCUCUCCCGAAGCACCGCGACCACAACGCAUCCCUUACUGGCGCAUCCUGACCGACCAGGGUGUUGUCACACCUGAAAUAAUCGACUUUCCCUAUACUGGCGCCGGUACCGAAGAGUCGCCUUAUGUCGUCGAAUGGAUCCCCAAUGAUCCCCGCAAUCCUAUGGGAUUUUCCUCCGGCCUGAAAUGGACUUACACUAUUCUGGUCGCAUUUGCGACAUUUGCAGUUUCGCUAUCGUCCUCGGCGUAUGCAGGCGGAAUGAAUGAAGUCCUCAAAGAUUUGGAUGUUGGCGAGGAAGUUGCAACUCUGGGAGUGAGCUUGUUCGUUCUGGGCUUUGCUGUCGGUCCUCUAAUCUGGGCUCCGUUAAGUGAGCUGGUUGGACGUCAGAUUGUGUUUGUGAUCACCUUCUUCUCCCUCUCUGCAUUCUGUGCGGGUGCAGCAGGCGCCCAGCAUGCCUACGUUCUUAUCAUCCUUCGCUUUUUCGCUGGUUCCUUUGGUUCAUCUCCCUUUUCCAACGCGGGUGGUGUCAUUGCUGAUAUCUUCACCGCGGAAAAACGUGGACUGGCUACGAGCCUGUUCGCUGGCGCACCGUUCCUUGGACCUACACUCGGCCCUGUUAUCGGAGGCUUCUUGGGAGAAAACGCUGGGUGGAGAUGGGUGCAAGGAUUCUUGGCUGUCUUCACAGGCCUGAUUUGGAUAUGCGAAACUCUCAUUGUUCCAGAAACUUACGCCCCCGUCUUGCUCCGGAAAAGAGCCGAGCGAUUGUCCAAACUUUCUGGAAAAGUCUAUCGCAGUCAGAUGGAUAUUGAUCGAGGAAAGGUUUCCGCCCGUGUUGCGUUCGGCACUGCGCUUAAACGACCAUGGAUUCUCCUUUUCUCCGAGCCUAUUGUUUUCUUGCUCUCACUUUACAUGGCUAUCGUGUACGGUACGCUAUAUAUGCUCUUCGAUGCCUUCCCAAUUGUCUUCCAAGAGGUUAGAGGCUGGAGUGAAGGAGUCGGCAGCUUGCCCUUCCUUGCUGUGAUGAUAGGAAUGAUGAUCGCUGUUGGUCUGAACAUGUUCGAUAACAAACGCUAUGUACGUAUCCACCAUAAGCACAACGGAUUUGCGCCACCGGAAGCACGUCUACCACCAACCAUGUAUGGUGGAUUAGCAAUUCCUAUCGGUCUAUUCUGGUUUGCGUGGACGAACUACUCAUCCAUUCCAUGGAUCGUCUGCGUGCUCGCAACAGCACCAUUCGGCUUUGGUAUGGUAUUUGUCUUCCUUGGAAUCAUGAAUUAUCUCAUUGAUGCAUACACCAUCUACGCGGCAUCUGUGCUGGCUGCCAAUUCCAUUAUCCGAUCAUGCUUUGGUGCUGUAUUCCCUCUUUUCACGACAUACAUGUUCAACAACCUGGGGAUUCACUGGGCAUCGAGCGUUCCCGCGUUCCUUUCUCUCGCAUGCGUCCCAUUCCCAUUCAUUUUCUACCACUAUGGACCGGCUAUCCGUCGCAAGUGCAAGUAUGCUUCUGAGGCGGAUGACUUUAUGCGUGCAUUGGCUAGAAAGGCCCAAGAAAAGGAGAUUGCGAUGGAGACCGAAGGCGUCUUAGCUGAAAAAUUGCAAGAGAACCAGGUUGCGGACGCCCCGAGAUUGUCCGUGGAUAACGAGUCAAUGUCUUCUCGUUCAUCUCUCGAAUCUACUGAAUUAUACGAAGCGAAUCCCUUUGAUAUCGACCGUGUGAAUACGCGCAACUCUGCCAUCACACAACAAUCAAAGACUGCUCAAGGUGGCGUGUCCAAAUUCUUUGGCUUCGGCCGCAAGUGA